AUGCAUAAUCAAAAGAUUGCAACUAAUAAUGAUGAAUCUAAUUGCGAAGAAAGACAACUUGUAGAUCAGUCUAAGAAUAAUGAAUAGCAAUAAGAAAUUUAACGAAUUAGUGAUUCUAUCUUAAAUGCCACAAAUUUGAAUGAAUAUGAUUAUUACAAUUAUCCACCAAAGUUGGAAUAAGCUGAAAUACAUAGACAAGCUUAUUAUCUUUGUCCGGAUCAAUAUGUACUCAAUCAUUAUACAAAAGAGUCUUGUGAGUGCUGCAAUAAAAAGUUCCAUCGCUCUCCUUUUAAUUGGAUAUUUGGAGAUUUGUAUGAAGCAACUGUUGAUGAAUACGGAUUAGCAGCUCCUCUUUAUUUUACUAUAAUUAAAUUCUAACUAUUGGUUUUCAUAAUAGUGUUUUGCAUCUAUGGAAUAUUUUUCAUUAGUGAAGUUCAUAGAAUCUGUAAUUCCAACCCGCAAUUAAAUUGUGAUGUUGAGAAUAAUGAUUUGUGUAGAACUUGUGAAUUUUAGUACUCGUAUGGCUUUAUUGACAUUGUGACAAUUUAGGAAUAUUUGCAUUAAGAAAAAGGCUCACACUACCAAUGGUUUUAAGUAUCAGCAUUUUUAAUAUUUCUAAUAAAUCUGCAUUUGCCAUUCUUCUAUGAUCUCCUCAUCACUUACAUAUAAUUUAAGUAUUGGAAUCGAGAUCCAUACAACAAACAAAAUGAAACAAUCAGUUCCAUCUAUAUUAGAGGGAUGAGUUCAAAACUCUCAUAACAAGAGAUACUAAAUCUAAUCAAGGAGAGUAUGUAAAGAAACAACAAUCAGAUCAUCUCUUCUCAACAUAAAUUGUUGGAUACUGCUUAAAUAGAAGAGGUUGUUUAUAUUUAUAACACUCAUGAGAUAAAGUAGUUAUAGUAGAAAAGAUAAAAUUGUCUAUUAGAUUUGGUUAUCACAGCAUAGUAAAUCAAAGAAUUAGAACUUGGAAAAGUGAUAAGUACAUAUAAAGAUGCUGAAGUUAAGGUUUACAAGACUUACACAAAAGAUUUUCUAUCUCAGAGAUUAAGCGAUUUAAUGAAGUAACUGUCUGAAGUGAAUGAUAACAUUCAUAAGUAAGCAAUAGGGUUAUAAAUUAAUAAUAUGCCUAUGAAUAAUUAAGAAAUUUGCAAACUGAAACUAGAACCUUUAGAAUUCAGUCACAAAGCUAUUAUUAGAUUUAAUGACCCAGAAAUUAGUUAAUUGAUAUUAUAAAAUUUCUAAGUUUCCUGGUUUGAUAAAUUCAGAAUAAAGCUUAAUUUGAUCCCAAACCCUAAGAUUGUUGAUAAAUUAGCAGUUAGAAAAUCAUUCCGUAUCAAUGGCAUGUAUUGGGACAAUAUAGGUUUCAGAUCUUAAGAGAGAAUAGCAGCAAAAGUGAAGAGUGCAAUAACAAUGUUGAUUGCUUGUGCUGCCUUAAUGACUGCUUAUGAAUUCAUUUAUUUAUACAAGAAUGAUCCAGAAUACAAGGUUGAAAAGAAUAAUGGUAGGUUGUCAGUUGCUCAAAGAGUAUUAACAAAUAUCUUCACAGUGGCAGUUCCUAUUAUCACUACGAUUGCCAUUCUAGUAGUAAUAAUAAAUUAAAAAGAAUCACGAAAGAACACAUUUGCUCAUUUGGAAAGGAGCUUCAUGCAUGUCCUUAUUGUGGUUAAUUAUUUCCUUGUGACAUUUCUGCCUUAUAUCUUUACAUUUGAACUUUGGAGUGGCAAGACUAUGUCAGCUGCUGUGUAUGAUUUGGUGACAUUGACUUAGAAUAAGAUUAUUACUAAGCAUGUAUUUCACACUGUACACAUUCGAUACAUGGGAUUUGUUUUCCUAAGAAGAAGGAUCCAAAAAAACUGCAAGGAGUAUUUUUAAGGGCAACUUAACAAUUUGAUGACACCUCCAACUUUCCCUUAAAGAAGCAGGGUUUGCAAUGCAAUGUACAGUUUAACUGUUGGGUUAUGUUUGGUUUAUGUUUGUCCUGUGAUAACCAUCAUCAGUUUUAUAUUCAACUGUUACAUUUACCUUUUUGAUCGAUAUAGUAUAACUCAUCUAUAUUCAAUCGAUAAAAAAUUCACUAUUUCACUUAUGAGACACUAGCUAAAAAUAUACUCUCUGUCCUUUUUUCCAAUCAAAAUCUACCUGUUUAUUAAGUUAUUCUAUAGCUAUGGAUGGUUAAUUUAUGCUGGUGUGCCUACUUGUUGUGCAUUUACUUUAAUUUCAAUUCUAUUUCGUGAGAAGAUAGUCUUCUUUUUAAUAUCCAAGGUGUUCCGAGUUUCCAGAUAAGAGGAUUCAAAACAUACACCAGAAACAUAUACAUCAAAUUAUUACUAAUAUAUCAAAAAAUUAAACAUUGAUGAAUAAAAUGAAAUUACUAGAAAAAUACUAAAUUCUUAAGGUUGCGAGAUAGUUUGA